CCCGGUUGUCUGCCUAGCAACCGUAAACGUCAUGGGAAUGUUGUUGUUUUUUUCUUACUGGUUGAGCUUAGCCAAUCACCGGCUCGCUCUGAAUUAUUGCGCUAUUGAUCGCCCCGAGCGCCUCUUUCUUUGCCUUGUUGACUGCAGGAGAGCGGAGCGCAGGUUGAGGAUGACGGACAGGAUGGCUCUGCGCUCUGCGCCCCUCUGGCUCCUGUUGCUGGGGGUGGUCGCUCUCCAGCAGAUGUGCCUCGGCUCCUCUUCCCAUUCCCUCAAGAUUCCCCUCUUCGCCAUCUUGGAGCCCAGUCAGGAACUGUCCCAGUUGGUUAUUCUGGCGCAUAUGGAUGGUCAGAUCUUGGCUCACUACGACAGCGACAGCAGGAGCGUUCAGCCUCGCGUCUCCUGGAUGGAAGAGAUGAGGAACGAUAUUCCGCAGUACUGGCAGGUUCUGACCGAUAUAGCUCGAAACAAUGAUAAUAACUUCAGAGAAAACCUGGAGAAUCUGAGGACUCACUACAAUCAGAGCAAAGGCGUUCACAUCAUACAGGAGAUUGCAAGCUGUGAUCUCCAGGGAGAUGGGAGCAAAGAAGGGUUUCUUCAGAUAGCUUAUGAUCGGGAGCUCAGAGACAGCUACCGCAUGCAUCCUUACGAUAGAAAGAUCUGCAUUGAGAUGCUAGAGAAGUGCCUGUUAUACGGGAAGGAGGUGCUGCUGAGGACAGAGCCCCCAGUGGUGACGAUGACCAGAAGGAUGGCAGCUGAAGAUGGGAUGGAAACACACAUCUGUCGGGUCUACGGCUUCUACCCCAAAGAGAUCGAUGCCGCCUGGAAAAGGGACGGGGAGGUCUGGCUGCAGGACACCCUCCAUGGGUUUGUAGCCCCCAACGCAGAUGGGACCUACCACUAUUGGCUCAGCAUCCAGAUCGAUCCCAAAGAGAGGGGCCGCUAUCGGUGCCACGUGAAGCAUGAUAGCCUGCAGGAGCCUCUGGACGUGGCCCUGAAGGUUCCAGAAUCCAACCUGGGGCUCAUCGUCGGCUGCGUUGUGGCUGGUCUUGUCCUGGUGUGUGUGAUGGUUGGGACUUUGAUAUUCUUCAGAAGUCACAGCUCCGGCCAGGGUAAGAUGGAGGAAGCUGCUUCUCUAUGAACAAUUUUGCCUCUUACAGGAGUACUUGGGAGAUGGACGAAUGACAAGGAAUUAAUGUUUUUUAAAUACACCUCAUUGUGCCUGAUUCUGGUGAAACCAGGAUUUCUUUGGAAAGACCUGGAAGAAAGGAUAGAUACAGGUAGUCCUCAACUGAUGACUAUUUAUCGAAUGAUGGUCUGGAAUUACAAUGACCUCAGAAAGGGUCAUACGGUCCAGCACUAAUUUGUCACCACUCUAUGGCCUCAUGGUCAUGAUCUAGAUCAGUGGUUCUCUGUGGAUCAGGACCCCAUUUGGGGUCAAACGACCAUUUCACAGGGGUCGCCAAACAACGCAAUCCGCCAUUUUUUCCCCCCUUUUCCUUAGCU